UAUAAUAUUUAUUUAUUUAUUUUUUUUAAUUGUAAACUUCCCUUUUCUGAGGUCUUUUGAUAUUUGCUCAAAUUCAAAUAAUCAAAAUGUUUCGUUCACCACAACAUGAUACACAUACAUCUACACGAGAUAAUUUAAAUGAAACUCUUAUUGAUUUACAAAAUAGUACGUUUAACGAACAGUUAACAAAUCCGUAUGUCGAUCGAAAUAGUAAUGAGAUUUGUGCUACAUCGGUCAAACUACCACAAUUCUGGACAAGUUGUCCGGAAGCGUGGUUUAUUCAUGCGGAAAUGCAGUUUAGUACCAAAAAUAUUACACAAGAAACAACAAAGUAUGAACAAGGAGAUAAACAUAUGGUCAAAAGGAUGUAUAAGUUGCCAGAAAUCUAAAGUUUAUCGUCACACAAAAUCUCCUGUGAGCACAAUUCCAAUUCCGAAGAGCAGAUUUGAACAUAUACAUUUAGAUAUUGUUGGACCGCUUCCUGUUUCAAGAGGUUACCGCUACAUUUUAACAAUUAUGGAUAGAUUUACUCGUUGGCCGGAAGCAUAUGCUGUAAAGGAUAUCUCUGCACAGACAGUUGCAAAUAAAUUUUUUAAUGAAUAUGUUUCGCGUUUCGGUGUGCCUUUAGAAAUCACGACGGAUCAGGGUACUCAAUUUACGUCCAAAUUAUUUUCGGAACUUACUAAAUUACUUGGUAGUCAUCAUAUCACAACUUCUUCCUAUCAUCCUCAAAGUAAUGGUAUUGUGGAACGAUUUCAUAGACAAUUGAAAACUUCAAUUUUGGCUAGGAAUGGAACUAGAGAUUGGUACGAUGAGCUACCGAUUAUUCUUCUUGGUUUGCGUUUAGUGUACAAAGAAGAUAUUGCAGCCACUCCAGCUGAAAUGCUUUUUGGCCAAAAUUUGCGUCUACCUGGAGAACUUGUUGUGCCAACUACAGAAAAUGUUACUUCCGCCGAAAUUUUAGGAAGUUUACGGGAACGUUUUAAAAACUUUAAUUCAAAUUUAAAACAUCACAAAAAUUCCGAUUCAGGAAUUUAUGUUCCAAAAGAUUUACAAACUUGCAAAUUUGGUUUUAUUCGCAUUGUUAACAAGCAUUCUCUUCAACAUCCUUAUGAAGGGCCUUACAGAGUUAUUGAAAAAGACAAAAAAUAUUUUAAGGUAGAUGUGAAUAAUGAAAUUAAAAUUAUUUCGAUUGACAGACUAAAACCAGCAAUAGUUGAAAUAACAGAACCACAUAACACUAACAACCAUAUAGUUUCAACAACGACUAAAAAGAAACAAGUUACUUUCAAUUUGUAUAAUAAUAACUCUCUGGAAGGGGGAGUAUUGUAGUGUUAAUACUAUUUACUAUUGUACUUUGUUCAUUUUUGUACUUUGUUAUUUUUGAAAUUAUUGAAUUAAGU